AUGACUCUUCUUGUUGCUAGGAACAUUCUCUUGGUGGUCCUAUUUGGUGCCCUCAUAUGCACCGCCAAUGCCCGUACGAAGCUCGUGGGGAAUGGCCAAGACAGUUCGUCGCUCAAUGAAGAGAAAACGUUCUUCGGUUACGGUGGCAUCGGCGGGGUAGGCAUUGGAGGAGGCGGGGGCGGCUUUGGUGGUGGGGGUGGCGGCGGGAGCGAGCUCGGUGGAGGCGUGGGAUAUGGUUAUGGAGCCGGAGCUGGAGGUGGGUUCGGAUCUGGGGUCGGAGGCGGCGGUGGAGGAGGGUUCGGCGGUGGUGGCGGAGGUGGCAGUUUAGGAGGUGGAUAUGGUGGAGGGGCUGGAGGAGGAAUUGGGGGUGGACUGCCUUGA